UGGCGAUUAUGCUGUCGGUUGAAUGGGCGUUCUUAACUAAAUUUUAUGUUAAAAAUAAAUAAUUUGGCGGAAUAGUUUAAAAAGUGGAUAAUUAUAACUGAUCUUGGAGCUGAUUUUUAAUUAUGGAUUCGAUGUUUGAUUCAGAUGAAGACCUUCCAGAUCUGGAAUUGAUGGCCACGCAGACAUACGUGACUGACUUGCAAGCCAUGAACCCUACUGUUGUACAAGUGCACCAAGUAACACAGAACUCCAAGACCCCAUCUUCCAGCCAGUCCAGUCAAGCAACAAAAACGGCUACUAUAAUUCAGCCCGCCUCAGCCCAUUCGGGCCAACAGCAGUUUAUUGUAACCACGUCGGUAGCUGAAGCGCUGGCUGAGCAGAGUCAGAACCAGGAGAAUAUCCUGAACCAAGGAGGGCAGCUCUACCCAGCCCACGUACAGUAUGUAGAAGGCAAUGACCCCAGUAUCUACGCAUCUACAAACGGUCAAAUGGUUCGCUGGAAUAAUGACGGACAAUACACUGGUGACUAUGGGCAGACUGCUGUGUACAACCCCUCCAAUAAUACGUAUUAUCAGACAAGCUCUGGUCAGGUAGGCUUACAUGUGACCAACAUGGGCACAGUGAUGCAAGGCCACAUCCUGACCCAGCAGGGCAACACAUACCUCAUCCAGGGGGGCACCAUGGAUGGGGAGGGUGCACCCUUCACCCACACCACACGAGCAUCACCCGCCACGGAUGAGUUAUACAACAGAAGUCAAGAACAGUCGGCACUGGCCCGCUAUGCCAGUAGUCUGGAAGGGAAAGGUAGCUCUGUAAACCUAGACGUCCCGUCACUGAAGAGCGGGGUCCAGUGGCUGAUAGACAACUAUGAGACAGCGGACGGUGUGAGCCUGCCCCGCAGCACCCUGUACAACCACUACCUGCGCCACUGCCAGGAGCAGAACCUGGACCCCAUGAACCCCGCCUCGUUUGGAAAACUCAUCCGCUCCGUGUUCUUGGGUCUGAGAACUCGCAGACUUGGUACCAGAGGUAACUCUAAAUAUCACUACUAUGGGAUCCGUAUCAAGGCCAACUCCCCACUGAACCAGUUCACGGACGACCAGACCAUGCCCAUGAGGCAGCAGCCUCUCUAUCAGGGAAAAAAGUUCCGCCCAAAGUCUGAGUAUGGUGAUGGUGGUUAUGGUGGUGUGGAUGGCCAGUCAGAACACCAGCCCACCACCCAGCAGCACCAGCAUCAGCAGUUCCUUGGCGACGCAUCCACUGCUAUACCCAACUUUGGUGACAUGGAGAUUACCUCCCUUCCCCUGCCAGACGGCAUACACAUGGACCACCUGAACGUGUUCCAAAAGAUGUACAGAGAGCAUGCCGAGGCGGUUGUGGACGUGGUUGUGAACCUACAGUUCUCCCUGAUAGAGGCCCUCUGGCAGGGCUUCUGGAGGAAUACUUCGCUUGACUCAGGACCAGACAAUGACUAUGAGAAGAGAUUGCCAAAGGAUAAGCUGUACCUGCUGUGUAAAUACGAGCCAGUGCAGAACUAUGUACGCAAGUCGGACUACAUGUUUUAUCAAGCCUUAGUAGAAGUCCUUAUACCGGACGUGCUGCGGCCUAUACCAAGUUCACUUACUCAAGCCAUCCGCAACUUUGCCAAGAGCCUGGAGAACUGGCUGAAGGGGGCGAUGGCAAACGUGCCUGAGGAGAUGGUGAAGACAAAGCUGGGCGCGGUCAGUGCCUUUGCCCAGACGCUGCGCCGCUACACGUCUCUCAACCACUUGGCGCAGGCUGCCCGCGCAGUACUGCAGAACACAUCACAGAUUAACCAGAUGCUCACAGAUCUCAAUCGAGUUGACUUUGCUAAUGUACAGGAGCAGGCCAGCUGGGUGUGCCAAUGUGAGGACAGCACGGUACAGCAGCUGGAACAGGACUUCAAGAAGACACUUCAGGCCCAGAACUCACUCGAGCAGUGGGCCGUCUGGCUGGAGGGCGUCGUCAACCAGGUGCUCAAACAGCACGAGGGCAGCCCUAACUUCCCCAAGGCGGCCAGGCAGUUCCUACUCAAGUGGUCCUUCUACAGCUCAAUGGUGAUACGUGACCUGACACUGCGCAGUGCCGCCAGUUUUGGGUCAUUCCACCUGAUCCGACUACUGUACGACGAGUACAUGUUCUACCUGGUCGAACACAAGGUGGCCUCAGCCACGGGUGAGACGCCUAUAGCUGUCAUGGGAGAGGUAUGUUUUGUUGACCUGAGCAGUGCUGUUGCAAUGAGCUUCUCAGAGGCUGAGGUUGAGAAACCCCAUCUCCCCAUGCACACAAAACCCGUCGGCGGCGCAAUGAUCAAGGGACCACCAGCACUUAUCCAGGCUCCAUUAUCAAAGGCCAUGGCUGGGGCAACGUCGCUUAUCACGCGAUCAACAGCCGACGGCCAUGGCGGAAACUCUGGUCCCACCUUAAUGGUUCUCACCACAAGUUCAAUGGCAACAGCCAAUCAGAAUGGAGCCCUUAACAUUGCCUCGUCAGGUUCCCAUUUAAAAAUGGCAACGUCCGGAGGCAUGGGUGGGGCAACGUCUCAUACGCGAACAGCAAUGGAUGGCCAUGGCGGGAACUCAGGUCCCACUUUAAUGGUUCUCACCACUAGUUCGAUGGCAACAGCCAAUCAGAACGGAGCCAUGAACAUCGCCUCAUCUGGUGCCCAUGGUGGGACGCUAACAGUGAAAACAGCUUCGUCUGGGGGUGGUUUGGCAGGGGCUAAAACUAUUGUUGUGAUGCCUGUCUCCAAUAACUACGCAACUGGUGAUGGUGCAACGGCCAAACGAUUUAAGAUUGAAUGACAUGCUGUUGGAUGAGCUCGUGAUGUUUUUAUUGGAAAUACUGAAGUUGACAUCACUUGAGCAUAGGGUAAAACUUCUAGUCCCUGAGGAUGUGAUUUCCUUUGAACUGAGGAAUGUUUUAUGACCUUAAUAAGUGAAGUUUUGACGUUUGCUCACAGUAGAACAGGAUCUUGAGCAAAAGUUGUACCUCUUUAUACGGAUCUGGUCUCAAGCUGCUGUGGAAUUCUUAGUUGUAGCGAUGAAAGUGUCUUGAAUACCCUCUGGUUUAUGAAAAAGCCUGGAUUUAGAGAAGCAUGACCCUUGUAUGCAACUUGGAUUUUGCUCAUUGAAGAGUUAUUUUUAUUAUUGGGAUGAAUGUGUGUUAGUAUGUUUUACAGUUAACUGUUAAUGCUUUGUAUGUGCUCAUGUUGAAAAGCAUAUUUAUAUUUUUGGGAAAAAAAUAUGUGCUCUGCAAAUAUUUGUAAAAUGAAUCUGAAUACAAAUUGUUUUUCAGUGACUUCUUGUUGUUAUAAAGAUGAUUUGUAAUUGAACAAAACAUUUAACAGUUUUACCUUUUCAAAAUGUUACAUUUGUUCUUUUUGGCAAAAUCUUUCCUACUGUAGUUGAUUAUUGAUCACACAGAGUACCAUUUUUGUGUUAUCCUGGUUUAACUUAAUGUUAUUUGUGUUCAUCCAUUUGUGUACAUGUAAUCAUUUUCAGGCAUGUAAUGUUAAUUGUUUUAUUUGCUUUUCAGUGUUGAGUGAACUACAUGUACUGUAGAUAGUGCAUCGUUGUGUACCGGUACAUUUGUUUAUAUUUAUUGACAUGUUUAUUUAACAGCGGAUUCCGAAAUGGAACUUUUUUUUGCAUGUAGUUAUUUAGGUUUGUCAUGGCUUGAUAUUACUGAACCAGAUAGUCUCGAAUGAGCAGCCAAGUCUGUUCUUUGUAUCCCAUACUUGUUUGAUAAGACUUUGUUUAGUAGUUAUGUCUGUGUAUUCUUAAUUUUAGUGAAAGAACAUAAAUUAACAUUAGAAAAUAACAUGAAAUGCAUUAUAAGUUUUAGAUUUUAUUCUUAAUUUUACAAUGUAUGGUCAGAAGUAACAGAUUUCUCAUCAUGAAUCCCAUACCAGAAAGUCUGUUUUAUUUGUGAUCAGUAUUUCACUGUGAAAUAAUCAGAUUUGUCAAGAAGGCCAGAUUUCUUCCAUUAAACUAGUGAGAAGAAAAUUGCUAUAAGCAUGUUCACAUGAAAAUGAAAAUCAUAAAUUAGCCAAAGUUUAAGAUUUAGUAUUGGAAGAUACUCACAUAAAGCUUUUCAACUUUAGUGAAUGAAGUCUUACUUGAAUAUUUCAUACUUUACAAGAUGACACCUGGUCCUUUUAUUCUUGAAAAAAAAGAAUUUGUAAAGAUGAUGCAUUCUUUAUUACAUAAACGCACUUGUUACAUGCACUGAAAUCAAAUUUAUUUAUUUAGAACAGCUGCUAAAAUGUCUGUGGUGUAGAGUACAUUUGUGAUAGAUGUAUAGUAUUUAAGUGUUACUAUUUUACAUCAUUGUGUGUUUUAUUUCAUUGAAGACAUUUUUUAAACACAGAUAAUAUUUUUUCAUGUAAUAUUUUUGUCUUGUGCUUUUUCUCAUAAGGAACAAAGAAUGUCCAUGUUGAACAUAUUUAACCAAAGGAUUUAGAAUAUAAAGAAGUUGGAGGAUCUAAUUUUCAAACGGUGGCUUUUUGUAAAAAAUUUCUUUCAGAGACAUAUUACCGAUUGUCAUAAUUUUCAUGUCAUCAAAUUCAUUACAAACUUUAAAACAGUGAAGGGCAUAUGCAUGUGCCUACAAUGUUGAUAGUUAUUUUUCAUUUUCAACCGGGGUAUAAAUCAGUAGAAAUAAUACCAAAGCAAUGCGAAGAUGAAAUUUGAAUGGGAAGCAACCGUCGUCCCUAGUCAAGUGAUGUUAAAAUUGGAGUGUAAUAAGUCUGAAAGCAUGCAGGUUUUAUCAGCCCUGUGAAUUUCUCCGAUACAGCUGGGUAUAUAUCUGGGAUUACUGCUAUGCUGGUCUAAACAGCUGUGCUACCCCUGUGCUAGUAGUAGUUCUUACAUUACCACAAUUAGAGCACACACAUCCUCCCAUCUCCACCAGUUCAACAGAUGAGCCCAGGCCUCUUUGAUGGGGGGUACUUGGGCUCGGGGUUUAAAGGAAUUUUAGCAGGACAUUUGGAAGUAAAAGAAUGUACAGAUAUCAUUUCCAUUUUUUGACAUAGUGCCUUGUGUAGAGUUUUUACAUAAACAUUUAUUCUUCGUUUCAUUAUUGUUAAAAAAAAGAUUUUGUAUAUUGAGCAAUGUUUUUUCUACCAGAGAAGAGAGUUUCACAGUUGGUAUUCCCUUUAACAUGCCUUUGUAUUUUUUUUCAAGCUUAACACAUUUGAACUGCUUGUGUUUUAACAAUUUAAGCAAUUUUACAUUCUUUUUUAUUGUGUUGUUUUGAUUGUAUUUUCUGAUUUCAUUAAUUAGUGUUUUAAUCAUUUGCCAUAUUUUAUAUGUUUAUAUUUAAGGUAUUGUUUUGUUGUAUGUUUUAACUUAUUUAUGUCGUCAAAUUGUACAUAUAUUGGCAACACAUGUGGCAUACAGCAGGUUAAUAUAACUUCAGUAAAUGCAGUUUAAAGCUUUGAGAGAAUAUCAGAAUGGCAUGUAUGGACAGUGAUAAAAUGUUCACUCUAGUGGGCCCGUUUGUAUGCAUUUCUUUACAGUUGUUUGCCCCACAUGUUGCCUUGUUUAUGUAGUUAGACUGAAAUGUGUUCAAAGAUUUUCAAUGUUAUAUUUUACUUUAGAAUUUAAGGCAUGGUUGAUCGUAUAGGUCAAAACAAAUCUGACUGCAAAAAUCUUUUCCUUCUAAUUUUAUUGUUCGAGACUCUCUUUCAAUGUAUAACCAGAUUUCCAAGCAUUUUCUCCAUGACACAAUAUUUAUGUGUUAUCUUGAUUGACCUGUAUCAAUUGCAUUCUUGAAAAAUCACAAUAAUGCCGUAUUAAAGUCAUGUUUUCUAAAAGUGUGUUUAGGAUUUCGAAACCAUGAUUUAGUAUGGAUUUCUACAUAAACUGGUGAUUUUCUACCCAAGGUCAGAAACUACCGUAGCGGGUGUUUAACCAACUGCAUAUGAAAUCCUUGUUUUUGUUUCUUAUUUAAAGUAACUACCUGUUCAAAGUACAUGUAUUUUGAUAAUUUCAUAUUAAGUAAGGUGGUAUUUGUAUGUUUGUGAUUAGAAUAUGUUUGAAAUAGACUUUCAGUUUAAUCUAUUUAAGAAAUGUAUAUCAGAAAUAUUAUGUAAAGCAUUAAAAUGAAAGUGGUAAAGAUGUCCUGCCUGUAAAUUAGUUGUGGCCACACUGGUUUGUUUAAGAAUUAUGCGCUUAGCAUCUCAGUUAUGGUAGAUGUGUACAUGAUAAUUGCCAGUUUAAAGACAUGAAAUAAAGUUUCAAAUAUUUUUUUAUUUAUUUAAAAAUGGUGUGUCAGAAGUGAUAUCACAUUUUGUAUUAAAGAGUUCAAACAUUGUUUUGCUUUAAAAAUCUAUACUUAUAUUCCUGAAAAAAGUUGAACAUGCACUUUUUUGGCAACAGUUUGUAACGGCAUUCGACAGGGUUUGCAUAACAUGAGCGGUUUGUUUUAGAAGAAAACAUGAAUUACUUGUGCUAUGACUGUUAAAAUACGCCAAAAUUUGGUGUUAGCCUUAGGGUAUUUAAUAUCAUUAAACCAUGUGUGACUUUCAACAUUAAAUCAUGUCCAUAGACCCAUCCUGAUGUAAUUUAAAUGUACCAUGAAGUUGGAAAAUAAUAUAUCCCUAUCGGAUUAUUAUGAUUAAUAUACCCAGUGCAUGGGCCUAAACAUACUUACACAGGCUGUCCGAAAAUUCUGUUUAAGGUAAUAUUUGGUAGGCACUUAAAAUGCAUACAACAAAUAUAUGUUGAUGAUUGCUUGAUUUUCAUGUGUGAUAUGCACAUUGGACACAUGUGUUGAGCAUGUUUGUUCGGUAUAGCAAAACAAAGACCUAUAGAGUACACUAUAUGUCUUUGAGCAAAAUAAAUAUUAUAGGCACAUUUUGGGGUAUAGUAAAUAUUUCCCCUCAAAGAGUAAUGUCAAAUUAGCCAUCGACUCGUGUAGACAUAACUGACGUCAGUGUUUAAAAAUGUCUAUACCCAUAUUCUGCCAAUUAUGUUUAAUGUAAUUCAGUAUGCUUUUGAGGAUUUUUUCAAAGGAAGAUGACACAUAAUACCAAAGAUGACUUCUGCUGAAGUUUAUUCCAUACAAUGAUAAAUGAGCAAUUUCUAGCUGGAUAUUUGUGGCAGUUGAAAUGUUUUCCUGAAAUUCUUAGCUCCAGUAUUAUAUAUAUAUCCUGUCGUAUAUGCAAGUUGUGUCUGUCCUUGUCUUGCUGUUUUUCUCAUACUGUCAAAAAGCCCAUGCUGUUUUAUAUUUAUAUUUCUGAAUGCAAUUCUGUAUUUUAUGAAUCAAACAAAAACAUGUUGAAAAUUAAAUUAUCCAAAGUGUA